AUGCAGAACGGGUUCUCACAGAGGGAGGUGCCUUCUUCUGUGAUUGACUCGGGAAGAGACUCCCCGUUUCCUUCACAGUUGCCGUUUUCCGCGGCUCAGGUGCCUCUCAUUGACAACACUGUGAAUGGGGAUGAUUGGGACAACGAUGAUAACGAUGAUAACGAUGCUGGUGGAUGUAGUAGUAAUAGUAGUUUUGUGGACUUAGACCAGAUUGCUGUUCAGAUGAACGUUAGGGUGGAGGAUCUCCUCCGGGCCUUGCAGAAUGGGCUGGGCGGCGGCGGCGGCGGCGGCUAUACCGCUCCUGAAAACCGUUUACGCUCACAAUUUUCUUCUGCCGGUAGCACCAGCCUCAACAGGGGUGAUGACAGUAAUAAUGGCACCCGCAACAACUGCAGCGGCAUUGAUUUCUUUUCUUACGUCGAUCAUGACAAUGAGAGCAAUCAUGCCGACAACAGAAGCGGGGGGAAUGAAAGUGAUAUGUUUGGUGUGCUGCGACAGCACCUUUCGAAGGAGGCUCUCAGCAAGACGCAACUGCUGUCGUUUGCCGUAGAGGACUCCAAUUUAAGUAGUCAGGAAAGGGAACAACAAAUACGGGAGGGGACGGGAACCGAGACUGUGACGGCACCCAUUGUGUUUCUCUCGACAUCUAGCACUCGCGGCAGCGGCCUUCAUUUAUCUCCAAUUCCAUCGACAGAGCCAUUAAUGCGUGCGAACGCGCCUUCACCGUUGCCAUCGCCAUCGCCGCAGCCACCGCGUCGAAUUCGUUUUGGUAGCCGUGUCGUGACUAGCGUGUGCGUGUACAGUGUCAACAACGAGGUGUACUUUGGACUGCAGUUUCGUCAGCAUUGGUCCAGUUGGGCUGCACUCUUGUGUGGGUUUCUUUUGGAGACGGUCUUUGAGGUACAUCUUGAUUGGUUUGCUAAAGUGGGUAGCGCAACCACCCACGAUACCAUCCCUAUUGCGCAUUGGGUAUACACCUACCGCUCCCUUUUCUCUGUUGUGUACGGCUUGCUGUGGUUGUUGUGCGGCGCGUGGCGUGAUGGCGUGAGAAGCCUCGUUGCUGUCACCGCGGAGCCACUUGGUGUAUGCAUGAAAAGCCUCGCAGUGACACUUGUAUCUUCUUUUUUUUUCUCGCUCGCCGCUGCCUCUAUGGUGUUGACAAAUGAAAUGUCUGGCUCCUCACUUCUAUUCACGACAACGGUGAUGCACUGCCUGUGGAUUCUCUUCUAUCGUGUUUCACGGGCACAAAUGGUGUUUUUGGUUGAAGUAUGUGGAUCGAUUAUGCUCAUUGUUGGCAAUGUGCUCUGCAACGUUGAUGGUAUGCGGCUGAUGGGGCUCCGCGACACAAUAUACGGGAAUCUACUCAUGAGCGGUGGUAGCCUUCUCUUUGCCACCGCUUUUCUGGUUAUGGCGUACGGCUUGCAACGGGGUCUUUGUAGUACGACAGGUCUCACUGUCGCGGUAGGGAUUGAACUUUUUUUUACUACUUUUAUCAUGGGCGUUUGCUAUGGCUACUCGAUGUCUUCUGGUGUAGGGGACAGCCUCAUUGCCGGUUUCCAACAUGCCAAUGCCAUGCACUCAUGCCUACUAGCGGCAGAGGACCUCUUCUUCAAUGUUAUGUAUCUUUAUGCCCUCUAUCAUUUGGAUGUGCUUUCAGUUUCUGCGUGCUUCUCGCUUAAAGUUGCCGUUGUGCCGAUCGUAGAGCAUUUUCUUGUCUGGAGGGUCGCGGAAAAAGUGCCUCCCGUUGUGCGGGCACGAUGGGGCCCGCUGUUGUUUGUUGGCGUCGGUGUGGUGGCGGUGGCUGCCGCCUUCGUCAUGUUUUUUGCUUCAGUGCGGCGGCGAUUUGUGGCGCGUCGGUUGUUCCACAUGCGUGGGCUGCGCAGAGUCCCUGACCCGUACCAAAAGAAGAAACGUGGACGCCACGAAAGACGUCAACGCCUCGUCGCAGCAUCAUCAUCGUGGUGA